UGCUCGCGCGCAGAGACAAGGUCCUGGGGGCUGGUGGCCGCUCAACUCUCUUUUCGGCAGGGUGCCGAACGGCGCCUCGUCUGUCGCCCCCUCGCCCGCGACGUUCGUCUCGUCCACGCCGGUGGCGGUGACGGUGACGGUGGCAGCUCUGGAGGCGCUGAGAGUCCGCGCUCCGUGCUUCGUGAAGCUCUCGGCGGCUGCUAGCGGACUGGCGGUGCGGGUGGUGGAACGGCGAAGGAUGGAGGAGCCAUGCGCGCGGCAGCCGCUCCGGAUUCCGGGACGAUUUCUCGAGUGCAUCGACGGCAUCUCGCAGUGAGGUGUGGCCGAGGUGAGGGUGGCGGCCGGCUCGGCUCGGCUCGGCUCGGCCCGGCGCGCGUGGAAAACCGGCACGUGUCGUGCACGCGUACCUGUGGCACGCGCACCUGUGGCACGCGCACCUGUGGCACGCGCACCUGUGGCACGCGCACCUGUGGCACGCGCACCUGUGGCACGUGGCAGUCAUGCCGAUGCACCCGGUCAGCACGGGGCUCAUGUACCGCGGCCUCUGCAGCAUUCCCGAACUUCCCGAGGGACCGCCCGACAUCUCGGAGGACGAGGUGCAAGAGAUCCGGGAGGCGUUUCGCGUCUUCGACCGAGACGGCAACGGCUUCAUCUCCAAGCAGGAGCUGGGCAUGGCGAUGAGGUCGCUGGGUCACAUGCCCAGCGAAGUGGAGCUCGCGAUCAUCAUGCAGCGCCUCGACAUGGACGGUGAUGGCCAGGUGAACUUUGAGGAGUUCAUGACUCUGCUGGGCCCCAAGCUCACGGCAGCUGACAAUCCAGACGGAUUCCUGAGCAGUGAGUUUGACACCAUCUUCUGGAAGCUCUCGUCGUCUCCUGUGCCUGUGUUCCAGUUCAACGUGCAGCAGAUGACGUUGGAGGAGCUGAAGCAGGUGAUCUUCAGCGCGUUCCGCGAGCAGGUGACGAUGAAGGACAUCGAGACAAUCAUCAUGAACGAGGAGGGGAGCAACAUGGAGAACUCGGAGAACUACUGUGCACAGGUGGAUGUUUACCCGGGCAGGCGGAACAGGCAAACGUGCGUGCGCAAGAGCCUCAUCUGCGCGUUCGCCGUGGCGUUCAUCAUCAGCGUCAUGCUCAUCGCCGCCAAUCAGAUCCUGCGCAGCGGCAUGCAGUGAACCCCGGCUGCCGUGGGUCGGAGGAAACGUCGUGGACCAGCAUCCGUGGUCUCUCUCAAGAGGCCCGCCGAGCAAUUCAAGCCGAGGGAGGCGUCAUCAACGGGACCAGCGCAGCAUCACCUUCGUUUUCCUAAAUGUGUAUGAUUAAGUAAAGUAUUUAUUUUUAGAUUUAUAACGAAAAACACGAAAAAAACAUGCUUUUGGUGAAACGCACCGUUGUGGCACACUUGACCUGAAUUAGACUCUUUGUUUUGCGUGUGCUCCGAGCAAGGAAUCUGAGCGAGCGUGAGAAUGCUGGCUGCCUUGGUGGCGUGGAAUAUCUCGCGCUAAACAGCUCUCAUUGCCCAGAGCCGGCGGGAUCACUCACUGUAGUCCACAGUGGUUUGUCCACUAUAAACAAGACAGGCAGCGGCGGCGGUGGCGUGCAGAUGUGUUUAUCUACUGACAACAACUGCUGACGCCAAGGACAGCGUUUGCGUGGAAAUUGCACACUUUAAUACACCGGGAAAACAAAACAAAAAGAAGACGAACACGUGUGGAUUGGAUGUAUUACUUAUCUAAGGGAAUAUGCAAUGUUUGUAUAUAAGAGCGACUGGGAUUUCACACGGUGAGGAUGCCGAAUGCAGUUGUUUCCACAGUGCGCUGUGUUGACUGCAUGUGCACACUGCGCAAGUGCAUGCAGCCCACUGGAUCCCGGCUCAUUGCUUCGAAGCUACGAGGUCUACAUUUCAGGGCCAGUCAUGCAACUCAUUUCUGCUCCACCAACAGCAGCAGGUGCUGGAGGUUUGCUGUGACCAACGCUACUUGCGCUCAUUGCAACAACAAAAAACGACCUGCGAUAGGACAACUCUUCAAGAACACAGAGGAUUGUGCGUCAACGUCAUUUCUGUUUUUGUUUUAAUAUUUUCUUAACAAUCGUGAGUUAUGCUCAUUAAAUGAAUUAUGAUUGCUUAACCAAACCCGUCUCUUUGGAGACACAAGUGUAUAUUUCUAUAAGCUGCCCUCAUUUCACGUCGACCAACUUGAACGCGCCUUAUCGCAUCCAACAGCGCGUGCGUUAGAAAAUAUCAGCAGAGCUUUGUUGAUGAUGUUGUUGUUGUUGGUGCUGCUUUGGAUGCGGCUCUGGAGGGAAGAGAGGGGAAGGGGGCCGCGUCGACUGACCUCUUAAUCGAAACAACCUGGGCCCAAGCAGUGGGUACCCUUCCACCCGCCGAUUGUGUGCAUCUCUAAACUCGGAGGAGGUCAAGCUGGCGUGCCAGAGGUGCCGUGUUGGCUGCUUCACAAUUUGGUUGACGAAAGGCAGUCAGUCAGAGCUCAUACAGAUCCCGCAUUUGUAGAACAGCACAACAACAAAAAAUCCAUGUUAUGUUUCUCUCGGCUGCUAUGCCGUGGAAAUCUAAAUACGUGAUAAUGAAACUCACCGGCGUAAUAAGUAAGCGUAGAAAUGUAGUUUAUAAAAUAUAUAUAUAAAUGACGUGUGUUAAUAACACGUGUAGUAGUAAUAACACAAAUGGAAGUACAUUUCGCCACUUUUAUGAAAUACUCGUAAAUGCAACCCAGAGAAUGUUCAACAGACGUACGCAUAAAUACCGUAAGUUACAAGUUUCUCCACUUCAUACGUGAUGCUAAUUAGAGUUACUUUGCAUUGAUCCCAGUUGAUAAAGUUAACGUCUCUGAAAUUCCCGACGAUGUUUCCGCGCGUAAAAAAAAACCUGCCACCCCGUCAAGGUCUUUAUCGAAUGCCCCUUUGGAAGAUUAUACGACGAAAAAAAUUGGUUUGCCAACUAACAAAAAAGAGAUAUGUUGCACAAUAUUUUGUAGAAAAUAAUAAGUGUUAGCUGUUAGAUUUUUUUUUGUUACGGUGUAAUAUUAUCCCAUUAGUUUUUUUUGUUGGGAGGGAGGGGGCAGAAACCAUCAGCGGUGUUUAUCGGGUUGCUGAAACGUUGAAGAAUCCAAAAAACGAUGACCUAGUUUGUGAAAUACAGCGAGUGAAGCUGUCAAUGACAGAUUAGGUGUGGAACAUACAAGCAAACGCACUUAGAAAGGGUUUAUUUUAUUUAAAUGGGAAAAUGUAACGUGAAUCAAUUGAUUCAAACAAAACAAUUACCACAACAAUUUUUUUCUCAGUAUACCAAGAGCAAUAUUGCUUUUUCUUCUGUCUCCGGAACAAAAUUCUAAGUUAUUUUGUUCGAUUCAUUCCACUGGGAGAUCCUUCUAGGACCGGUCAAACAGAAAACUUACAACACGUAGAAAAGAUACAACUAUAGACUAUGAAAUGUUUAGAUGAUAUGAAUAGAUUUUUUUAAAAGACACACACAUACAUUUUAUUACAUAACUCUUUAAAGAGAUGGCAAUUCCCUGGAAUGACAUUCACGUGAACUGCUGUUCAUGGGUAUUUCUGGGGGAGGUACUGUAACAAAGCAUCAGCAGGAAUGUUUUAACUCGAUGGCUCAAAUUGAUUAGAAAAGCUCUUUUUUAAGUUGAGUUGUAGCCUAUGAUUGCACUAUAACUUAACGUGACUAUUAUUUAUUAAUCAGGUUGCCUGCACCUGUAUAUAUUGUAUCAUAUUGACUUAAACAAAAAAAUCCAUGCAAUAAACAUUUUUUUAAA